AUGUCACUUGAAGACGACGAAGCCCUUUUCGAAGAUUUAUAUGGAGACGACGAAAAACAAGAGGAAAAGCAGGAUACAAUUCAAAAAGAGGUAGAAAAAGAAACUACUGUUUCCGAAACUGCUCCUGCUUCUGCUCCUGCUUCUGCUUCUGGUCCUGCUCCUGCUACUGAGAAUGAUAGUUCUGCUCAAAAUAAAACCACUACUGAAGGUGAAUCAGAAACAGUUCCACCGCCACCUCCACCACCACCACCACCAUCACAACCAGUCCCAUCUAAUGGUGAUGUCAAUGCUCAAUAUAAUACAACUCAAGAUGUUUCUAACGCUACCCCAACAGCACCAACGUCAGUUCCUGCUGGAAUGCCUCAAUUUCCUUUCGAUCCUGCUCAAUUUCAACAAUAUGCUGCUGCAAAUGGUCUCCAAUUUCCAGGAAACACUACUAGUCAACAAAACUUUGAUACAACUGGAGGCGUCCCACCACCACCACCAGUGCCAGCACCAGUGCCAGCACCAGCACCAGGACCGGCUGCAUCUACAGAGACAGCUGGAGGACCUUCAAGAAAAUGUUUUAUUGGUGGUCUUUCCUGGGAUACGACAGAGGAAGCAUUGGUAUCCCAUUUCCAAAAAUAUGGUAAUAUUGUUGAUUACACGAUUAUGAAAGAUAGUGCAACAGGUCGUUCCCGUGGAUUUGGAUUUUUGACAUUUGAAGACGCUAAAUCUGUGGAUGCAUUGCUUAAAGACAGACACGUUUUAGAUGGGAAGUUAAUUGAUCCCAAGAGAGCCAUUUCAAAAGAAGAUCAAGAAAAAGUUGGUAAAAUAUUUGUUGGUGGUAUUGAUCCUAUGGUUACUGAAGAAGAAUUUGACAAUUUCUUUUCACAAUUUGGGAAAAUUAUUGAUUGUCAAUUGAUGAUUGAUAAAGAUACUGGUAGAUCUCGUGGAUUUGGAUUUGUCACUUAUGAUUCACCUGCUGCUGUUGAUAAAGUUUGUGUUAAUAAAUAUUUAACAUUAAAGGGUAAAGCUAUGGAAGUUAAACGUGCUGCUCCAAGAGGACAACAUAAUCAACAAGUUAUGAUGCAACAACAACAACAACAACAAGCACAACAAGCACAACAGCAACAAGCACAACAACAAGCAAUGUACCCAUAUGGUUCUUAUGGGUUUCAACAAAUGAAUGCUGGUACCAUGAACCCAGCUAUGAGUCAAGAAUAUAUGAGAUAUUAUCAAUGGUUUAUGUAUCAACAAGCCCAAGCUGCACAACAACAACAACAACAACAACAGCAACAACUGGCAACUCUGGCAUCUCCAGAGGCACAACCGGCACAGCCAUUGAAUCCACAACAACAAGCAGCAGAAGAAGAGUCUGAAAAAUCAGAGGAACCUCCUAGACCUGCCAUUCCAACUGGUCCAAAGAGAGCUCCACCAACUGGUCCUUCUUAUAGAGGUGGUGGCAGAGGCGGUGGCAGAGGUGGCUACAGAAGAGGCAGAGGGUAUCAUCCAUAUAGCAGAGGUGGACGUAGAUAA